AUGUUUCCACCCAUUUAUGAUCGUACAACAUCAUGUCCCGAGCCUCUCGUUCCACUUCUUCCAAGUGUUAAAACACUUGAUCUCUAUCAUGUAUCAAAACAUGAACUUGAACCAUUUGACUUUCAUUCGACGACAAUGACACCACAAACUCAAGCAGGAUCUUCAUUAAGUUCCGUAUUUGGUGAUCAAGAUCUUAUUGAUGCGAUUAUGUGUAGUCUUACGACGGAAAUGCAUCAUCAAGUCUCAAUUCCACCAUUAAAUCCACUCUUUCAUCGUGUUUCGCCAACUGUACGUACAACAGUGACAUCUCAUCGUACACUUUCGAAUUCGACCUUAUCUAGUCGUACAUUUUCCGAACCAUGUCUUCGUAAACCAGGUACGUUUCUAAAUAAAGAUGGACGAUGGAUUAAAGGAAAACCAUGUCAUAUGGAUGGAUGUGAUAAACGCGCACAAUCGAAUGGAUUAUGUAAAGGACAUGGAGGAGGAGCACGUUGUAGUUUUACGGGAUGUAGUAAAUCAUCACAAGGUGGUGGUUUCUGUCGUGCACAUGGUGGUGGAAAACGAUGUUUGUACGAUGGAUGUGAUAAAGGAACACAACGGAAUGGAUUUUGUUAUCUACAUGGUGGGGUACGAUCAUGUAGUACAGAAGGUUGUGAGAAAAAAGAUCGUGGAAAUGGAAAAUGUUUUUCACAUGGAGGUGGACGCAAGUGUCAAGCACAAAUGUGUUUUCAUACAAUACGACGAGGAAUUUAUUGUGAUCUGCAUCAUGGAGGAAGAAGUUAG